AGGUGUACGAAUUGCCAUUUAAAGACAGAAGAUUGAUCUAAAAGUCUCUAAAACGUUCAUUUAGCUCUCAUAGUCUCACGUUCAGGUCACUGAGAUGUAUAAAGUGGACAUGUUGAAACUAUUGACCACAGUUGCUCUGCUGACUGUCGCUUCAGUGUUGGAUGCUGCUCCGUUGACGCCUGGACAACCAGAUGCCUUUGAAGAACCAGUUGAUGGAGGUACACGGAGAACUGUCGCGGAUAUUCAGGAAAAUGCAGCACGAGCGACGAGGAUUUUUGAGAAGCUACUGAAGACCAGACCAAUGACGACAUUUCCUGACGGAGAUGGAAAGACCGUAGUGAUGAGAGCGUUAGACGAGAUAAUUACUGCGACAAGUAACCCAAAUAUCAGAGACAAACCCUUAGACAUGGGAGUCUAUAAUCCAUUAAAGACACUAACACUCUUUUCUGAUGGUCACGAUGAGAUUCCGCCAGCACCCGGCGGCCGUGAUGGAUCUCUGAGGACUGACCACACAACCAGUUCACUCGAUUCCCAGCAGCAAACAGAGAAGAGCAGACUGUUCAGACUGUCAAAGGUGAUUGAAUCAAACGAGUACGGCAACACUCCAUCAGCAGCUGAACGAUCUGAUCCCAUCACGGGGGAGCCGGAUGCUCGAGAGGAGCUGGUGAAGAUGCUGAGUGCACUUGAAGAGCUUCACAAGUUAAUGAACAACACACUGAGCCAUCGAAUCACCAUCAUAACCAGAGGAAAUGGCAACGGACGAAGUAAUGGGAAGAAGAACAAAAUGGUAGUGACAGAUGGAAACCUGAAAUCCACCACAGCGACCACUAUAGACAGCGGUGGGAUUUCACCGAAGGCCAGCACUGACCAAAUGGAUCCCAAACUGAACGGAAAAGCCUUUAAAAAGUCUCUUCCAUCAGCUAAGAAAACCAACAAGAGAGUGUGCUUCUGGAAGUACUGCUCUCAGAACUGAGUUGAGCAACCCAUUUCUCCAUUAAUUUCACCCAGCAACAAAUCCUGUAGAUGCUUAAAGUCUUCUCAAAGGACCAUCAAUAACACGACUGACCCCUC